ACGACGAAGCAGAAGAAGAAGAAUACGACGAAGAAGAAGAAGACGACGACGAAGACGCAGCAGCAGGAGCAGCGGCAGCGGCAGCGGCAGGAGCAGCAUGGCGUCCUCCGCUCGCAGUCAGGCUAUUGCUUUGUACAGAAUGCUCGUCAAGGAAAGCAAGAAAUUUCCGUCGUAUAAUUACAGAACUUACGCCCUGCGCCGAAUUCAGGAUGGUUUUCGGGAGAACAUGAAUGAGGAGAACCCGAAGAACCUGGACCGGCUGUUGAACCAGGCCAGAGAGAGCCUGGCCCUCGUCAAGAGACAGGUGUCCGUCGGUCAGCUGUACAAGAGCCAGAGGACCAUUGUGGAGGACCGAGGUGUGUGAAGCCGGCUGGAGACGCCGCCGCCGGUGUGUGGAGCUGGCCGGACACGCCGCCGCCGGUGUGUGGAGCUGGCUGGACACGCCGCCGCCGGUGUGUGGAGCUGGCCGGACACGCCGCCGCCGGUGUGUGGAGCUGGCUGGACACGCCGCCGCCGGUGUGUGGAGCUGGCCGGACACGCCGCCGCCGGUGUGUGGAGCUGGCCGGACACGCCGCCGCCGGUGUGUGAAGCUGGCUGGACACGCCGCCGCCGGUGUGUGGAGCUGGCUGGACACGCCGCCGCCGGUGUGUGAAGCUGGCUGGACACGCCGCCGCCGGUGUGUGGAGCUGGCUGGACACGCCGCCGCCAUCCUUCCAUGUCGUCUUGGUACUUCAGCUCCUUCCAUGUUCUAGUCCUGUGUGCUGUGGUUGCAGUAUAUUUCUAAUAAAAGCCAGAUGGCCCCCCA